UCACCUACAAGAGGACACGGACAGUUGUGGCUGUGAGAGGACUAGGACAAGCUCCUCUGGACCACGGUGGACCACGGUAUGCCUCCCGUGGACUGUCGCUGCUGGUUGGCACCGCCUGCCGACCGCGAACAUUCCCGGAUGUUGCAGCAAUUCUUUCACUAUGGCUGACAAGGGUCGUAUGCUAUCAAGAAGUAAAGCGGGAAAAGACAAAGAAGUGGCUGAAAUGACCAAGGGUGUAAAUGAAGGAGAGAAGACAGACAAAAAUGGAGAGGUCCCAUCACCCGAGGCGGCGGCCACCAGUGGUACAACAGCUGAUGGCCAGGAUGGAAAUUUUCAGGUGGAGCCAAUGGAAUUACCUCCUUUUGAAAUCAUCACAGGGGACCGAAUUGAUCCUUUUGCAUUUAAGUUCCAGUUCAAGAAUGUGGAAUACUCCUCAGGCCGCAACAAGACCUUCCUGUGUUACCUGGUGGAUCAAGGGAACACAGCCGAUGGACUUCUGAAGGGCUAUCUGGAGGAUGAGCAUACCGGCUGUCAUGCUGAGGAGGCCUUCUUCACACAUUGCCUGCCCCACAACGACCCUGCACUCAAAUACACCAUCACCUGGUAUGUGUCUUCUAGUCCCUGCUCUGCUUGUGCAGAAAAGAUAGCUGAGGUGUUGAAGGCCAGGAAAAAUAUCAAGCUGACCAUUUUUGCUGCUCGGCUGUUUGAAUGGGAGGAAGCAGAGAUCCAGGCAGGGUUGAGGAUCCUCCAUGCUGCUGGCUGUAAACUGAGGGUCAUGAAGCCUCUAGACUUCUCCUACACCUGGGAGACAUUUGUGGAGAACGAAGAACAACCUUUCAACCUGUGGGAAGACUGCAAAGAAAACUAUGAAUAUUACCAUGAGAAGCUGGCAGAAAUUAUACAGUGACCACAGUAAGUGUUAUGGUGGAUUCACACCAAACAUGAAGCGAAUAUUUGUGACGGGUUAUUCAAGCAUGUUUGUCCCGCUUUAUCAUUUGUGUUAACACACAAUGUUAUGCGAGUAAACACAACCCACAAAUAUUAGCCCAUUCUCCUUCUGACUCUGAUGUUAAUGAGUGAUGAUUCGGGAGAAUCUCAACGCUAAAAAUUGGCUUUCGCGACAUCGUUACGCACCUGUUUAGCUUAAGUUCAAAUAUUUCAAAUCAAGGGACUGAAGUGAAGGGUUAGGGGAAGAAUUUGCUUUGAGAGAGAUUGCAUGUUACCAGGUUGCCAAAAGGGAACUAUGCACAUUGGACCUCAUUCACCAAUAUCUUGUUUAUUCUUUAAUUUUUCCAUAAAGUUCCAAGGAAAACACUACAUCAGAUUCACAACAUGUUUUUAACUCCAGAAUUGUUUGCACCGGUGUUCUUUUUUUCUGAAAUUCUCUUUCUAUUAUGAUUUUCUAGGUCCACACAAUCAGAUGUAAUACAUAUUGUUCAUCUCAUUUAGCCUGCAGCUUUGUUCUUAUAUUGAUGAAUCCCAUUGUCUUUGUAAAUUGAAAGCUCAUGCCAGUUAUUCUUGAUUAGCAUAGGUAAAUGGCCCUCCACUGCACAUAAAAGGGCAUGAGACUGCAGGAAAGAAUUGACCAUACAAAUAUGACAAAUAUACAUCUCAUCAACGGCUCAUGCAAUUUUUAUCAAACUUGGAGGGUACGAUAUAGGGCCCUAACCCUAACCCUGGCCUAUUACUCCCAAAAACGUUGUAGUCGUGUGUUAAAAGGAAUGCCACUAAUAAGAAAAAAUGCAGUUUACAGCACACGCAUCGCAAUAUUUCCUGACGUUUGACCCCCGCCUUAGCUUUUUGGGUUCCGCUUUCAUGGGCUCCGCGAGUCGUCUCGAGGAGACUCGACAACUUUAAGAUGUUUUUGCAACCCUCAUCAGACUUGCAACCCAUUAAAAAGACCUUAGGAAAACUGAAUUUGUCUUUUCUAAGUCUGUCUUUUUUAUAAGAUUUCUCAAUACUUUAUUGUUGCAGAGAUCAUUAUAUUUUACCAACCCAUUUUAAAAUCUUGAGUCUGUCCUGUUGGGAAUGAAAUCUGAAUUGUAAGCUAUCCAUCUCAUCAUAAGUUAUGGCUCCUUGGACCUGUGUUCAACCUCUUGAGCAAGGUUUUAAUCCAUGGAUUAGAUUCCCGAACAUGUUUAUUUAAGGCAAUAUCACCUAUUACAGCUUGCAGAGGAAUAUCGCUAGAUAUAUUGCAUUCAAUUUCUAUCCACUUUGCUGUGUAAAAUGGAUUGCAUAUGUAGACUACAAUUUUAAUCUGAGCUGCUCUUUAAUCAUUUUUAAUAUUUGGGAGUGAGAGAACUCACUUCUCCUUGGAUAGCUGAAGCGUCUUUAACCGUAUCCGAGGCUUCUUCCCUUGGCAAACAAAUCUUGAAUUACUCUAUCCAGAUUCUGAAAUGACCAUUUGGGAGUUCAGAUGGGAUUGUUUGACAUAAGUAUAAAAGUCUUGCAAGAACAUUCAUUUUAAUUGCUCCCACCAUCUGUGUAAUACAAAAAAAAAGGCAUUAUGUUCCGAGACAAAUCUGAUUUGAUAUUGGAAAUUAAUGGUUCGUAAUUCACAGAUGUAAUUUUGUCAAAAUGUUUUGGAAUAUUCACUGCCACUACCUCAUUACUUCAGAGUCCUAUUUUAUUUUAAACUCGUCUCUGAUAGCUAGGGGGUGUAAUUAAAUGACAGUACUUGAGAUGUGUGAGUGUUUAGUCUGUAACCAGACAAACCUCCAUAUUCUGAUAAUGUGAUAAACUUUGGAAGGGAGGAAUCAGGUUGGGCCAGGUAUAUUAAAAUACCGUCUGCGAAUAAGGCAAUUUUUUGUUCCACCCUGGCCAUAGUAUUCAACGUAUUUCCUCAUUUUGUCUUACCCACUGACUUAAUGGCUCUAUAAAAAAAGCGACUAGGAGCGGAGACAUGGGACAUACUUGUCGGCAACCCUAUUUCAAUUCAAAGGAAUUAGAUAAUGUUCCAUUUAUUCUUAUCUUUGCUAGUGGUUGGUUAUGUAAAGCUAUAACUGUAUUGAUACAUUUUACAUGGAAAUUUAACCCGAGCAAUAGUCUAUAAAGAAAAGACCAAUCCACAGAAUCAAAUGCCUUUUCCACAUCUAAUCCUAGUAUGACAGCUUCGAUAUUGUUCUGUUUCAUGUGGUUAAUAACAAGUAAUAUACGUCUGAUAAUGUCCCUGGUUUGCCUCUGUCUAAUAAAGCCAGUUUGAUCUAAA